AGAAAUAAUAUUGUUACAAAUAAUCUGGUUUCAUUGGGAGAUGGUUGACCAUGGUAAAUUGGUAAGUAUUCUCAAUGGCUAACUGUCAUUAGUAAAUUGUUUAACGGGGAACUUCUGGAAAGCUGUGUACGUCACUAUAUCUUCGAGUUUCUCUUGACUAUGGAGCGUUUACUUUGUAUUUGCAUACUUCAUUUUUGUCUGACAAUUAAGUCCCCAAUCUCCAUAUUCAUUAACUAACAAUAAAGAGAAAUACUUUCCCCUCUCUUGUUAUUUUUUCUUUAUUUCAUUACUCAAUUGUUUUAUUCUAAGAUAAACAAACAAGAUCCUUUACAGAGAGCAGCAGCCUGUUAAUCUAUUCAUCCAGGCUUUCUGAAACAUGUUGAUGAUCUUUCUUACUUCGGCGCAAUAGUCUUGAAGGCAAUAUUUUGUCCUCAGCCAAGAAGUCUCUUGCAGAUGGGUCAAACUCUAACAAAGAACAACAGGAGGAUCAAGAACAGGAGAAAGCCUAAAUUUGAUUCAAGGGAGGAGUAUUUCAUAAAGAAUGGAGGUAUUUUGCUGGAAAAACAAAUUUCUCUGAGCCAAGGUCAACGUCUAGUAGCAGGGGAGUUGAAGAUUUUCUCAUACCAAGAUAUUGAGAAGGCCACAAACUUCUUUGAUCAUGAUCUCCUUAUCGCGAGUGGCAAUCUUAGAACCGUCUACAAAGGUACCCUUGAAGAUCGUAUGGUAGCUGUCAAAGCCCCGCCACUAGUAGAGCCACAUCCCAUUCUGAUUGAUCACCACUUAACCGAAGCCUCCAUGUCAAUGGUUAUGACUCAUGACAAUGUGGUAAAUUUGUAUGGCUGUUGCCUUGAAACUUCCAUACCGAUACUAGUGCAUGAGUUUUUUCCAAAUGGGAGCCUUUUUGAUCAAUUAUAUGUUCAGACUGAAUCUUGCAAGCCUUUACAAUGGGCUGAUCGAGUGAGAGUCGCAACUGAGACAGCUUAUGCACUAUCAUACAUGCAUAAUGCCUUAUCAAAACCAGUGGUGCAUAGGCAUGUUAGCUCCAAUAUUAUACUUCUUGAUGAUAAUUUCCAUGCUAAAUUAACAAACUUCGGCUUCUCAGUACCCGUUACUCAAGAUGAGACGCCCCAAAAAUUGCCUAUUGAAGGAGUUCCAGGAUAUAUUGAUCCCGAGUACAUCAAGACUCAAGAGGUGACAGAUAAGUGUGAUGUGUAUAGCUUGGGGGUUUUGGUGCUGGAGCUAUUAACCAGAAGACAGCCUUAUCUGAUGGCUUUAGAGGGGACUGACUUGGUUGACACAUUCAUGUCAGCUGUGGAAAGAAAUUGUAUGAUGAAGAUGAUUGACAGUGAGGUUUUGGAACAAGCUACCAGGGAGGAGAUUCAACAGGUUGCAGAGCUUGCAGCGAUUUGCGUGGCAGAAAAAGGAUUUGAGAGGCCAACUAUGAUUGAAGUUGUUAUUCAUCUUCGGAAUAUACAAAGUCAAGAGAAGAAUAAUUAGAUUGCAAAUGAAGAUGCAGAAAAGCCAGGUGUGCAACAAAAGCAACACAAAUAUAUUUCUAAUGUAUUUGGGGCAAGCCUGUAUACUUUGAUCUGUCAAUUUGCUUGUUUAUUCUGUCCUAAGAAUGACUGUCAAUUUGCUUUGUUUCCACUUAACCGAAGCCCUAACGACACUGGUGAUGACUUGUGACAAUAUAAUAGAAUUCUAUGCUUGUUUCCUUGAUACUUCUAUACCAAUAUUGGUGCAUGAACUCUUACAAAAUGCAGGCUCUUUGAUCAUUUACAUGAUGACAUUGCAUCAAGAAAGCUUAUACAAUUUGAAAGUUGCAAUUAACAGCCUAUGCUGUCAUAUAUGCAUAAUGCCUUAGCAAAGCCAGUAAUUCACACAAACCUGAGCCCUGUUUUUAUACUUCUUGAUAAUUCUUUCCAUGCCAAAUUAGUGUAAAUUGGCUACUCAGCAUCUAUUACUCCAGGAGAGACGCCCGAAAGAUGGCCUGUUGCAGGAGCUCCAGGAUAUGUUGAUCCCAAGUAUAUAAAAGCUGAAGAGUUAACAGAAAGAUGCAAUGUGUACAACUUUGGUUUUUUGUUGUUGCAGCUCUUAACUGGAAUGCAGCCUCUUAUAGUGGCGUGGGACUGACUUCGUUAAUGAGUUUGAUUUAGCUGGUAAACAUUACAUGGUGGAGAUAAUUGAUAGCUCAGGUCUUGGAACAAGCAAGCAGAGAUGAGAUACACCAGGUUACACAGCUUGCAUCGACGUGCGUGUGGUGAAAAUAGGCACUGAAAGGCCUACUAUGAUUGAAGUAGUUUUGCUGCUUUGAUGGAUAUAAGGUUGAGGGAACAUGGGAGUUAUAAAUAAAUGUGUGUAGCAAAUUCAGAAGCUAAGAAUUAAGGAAUGUGUACUUAAAAUUGUCAGAAUAUUGUUUCUGAACAUAGCUAAUGAACUACAAAUUGACUUAGUUCCAAGUAUCCGGGGAGAAGUCUGUAAUACUCCGAUAUGGAAAGAGAAGUCUAGUAAAAUAGUUAGAUGUUAAGUAGCCAAAAAAAUUGCACAAAGCAACUGUAAAGAGUAAAACAUCAAAGAAACUGAAGAGAUGACAAAGCCUUAAAAUUGUUUUGAUUGGUUGGUUGGUAAGUGACUUGUGCUUUUAUUUCAUGCUCUAUGUCAUAAUGGUUGACUGGUUGUAGUAUUAAUUUACAAAUCAAAGCAUGAUAUAAGUAUUA